AUGCGAUUCUCCACUCUUUUGCUGCCCGUGGCAGCUACCCUUGUCUCGGCGCUUCCCAGCUCCAGCAAGUCGUCCACAUCCGACAAGCCAACGGUGACCCUCGACUACACCACCCUUCAAGCGGUUGCUGGAAACGAGACUCUUGGAUACUACAAAUACCAGAACAUUCGUUUUGCUGCCGUUCCCACCGGUGACCUUCGCUUCGCCAAGCCCCAAUGGCCUUCGACUGAAUCGGGCAUCAACAACGGCACCACCUAUGCCAAUGCCGAUGUCGACUGUUCCUCGAAGGAAGACUGUCUGUACAUGGACGUGUGGGCGCCAGCCAAUGCUAGCGGCAAGAAGCUGCCCGUCAUGGUGUGGACCUACGGUGGUGGCUUCACUGGUGGCUCCAAGUCGGAGAACACCCCCGAGGGUCUCUUCGAUCUGUCCAAGGAGUUCAUCUUUGUCUCGUUCAACUACCGUCUCGGAAUUACCGGUAUUGCCAACUCGAUUUCUCUCACUCACCAGGGUGCCACCGAGAAUGUGGCCCUGUACGAUGUUGAGCAUGCGUACAAGUGGGUGAAGAAGUACAUCAGCAAGUUCGGUGGUAACCCCGACGACGUCACUGCUUUCGGAUUCUCUGCCGGUGCCAGUAUGCCCUUGUUCAUGAUGACUCGUUACGGUGGUCACAACGAGCAGCUCUUCAACAAGGCUUACAUUACUUCUCCUGGCUACGUCCCCGGAGCCGGCCAUCACCAGGGCGACAUGUUCUACCAGAACGUCUCCACUGCAGUUGGCUGCACUGGUGGUGACUUGUCUUGCAUGCGUGCUGUCUCCUUCACCAACCUCACUGAUGCUGCGACCGAUGUCCACGACAUCUACGGAUACCAGUUCCAGCCCCGUGUGGACGGUGAUUUCGUUGCUGAUACCUACGAGUCGCAGCUCUACCAGGGCCGCUUCAACUUCGACGGUCCUCUGGUCAUCACUCACGAGCAGCACGAGAAUAACGGCUCGCCGACUGACGGCGUCAGCACCGUCGCCGAGGUGGAGGCUGAGCUCCGUGCCUUCUUCCCCGCCAUUACCGACGAUGUUGUCGAUGAAAUCAUGGAGGCUUUCCCUGCAUCUGACUACUCUAGCCCCGGCUACCGCUUCGCCGAUAUGAGACAGUCCUUUGAUCUCACUGCCCACGACUACGCCCUGACCCGCGCCCUUGACAACAACACCUGGAACGCCAUGGUUGCUCUCGAGCAGGCUACCCACGGUACUGACCAGAGCUACUACUGGUACAGCACCUACUCCCUUUCCUCUUCCAGCUCCUCCAGCAGCGCCGACUCCGGCGCUGGUGUCGCUAUCAGCGGUAGCUCCUCCGUCAGCUCCACCGUUGCUCGCAAGAUGCAGAAGUACCUCUUGUCAUUUGUCCUGACCGGCAACCCCAACACCAAGUGGUCCAGCGACAAGCUCCACUGGCCCAAGUAUGGCAGCGAUGCCACUGAGCUGGUCUUCAACACCACCAUGUACACUCAGACCGAUGACUUAGCCAACGUCAAGAGCACCUACUGGAACAAGGCUCUGUGGUACUAG